AUGGCAAAGGAUCUUGCUGUUGACCACGUAUCCGAUGAGAAAUUAUCGAUCAAUAUCUCAGGAAGGAAAUUCGAAACAUGGAAAAAUACGUUGGAAAAAUUCCCGGAGACGCUCCUGGGAUCCAAUGAAAAGGAAUUUUUCUAUGAUGAGGACACCGGAGAAUAUUUCUUCGAUCGUGACCCGGAUAUUUUCCGACAUAUUCUCACCUUCUAUCGCACUGGAAAGCUGCAUUAUCCCCGACACGAAUGCCUUGUCGCGUACGAUGAGGAGUUGUCAUUUUUUGGCAUCAUGCCAGAUUUGAUAAGCGAUUGUUGUUAUGAAGACUAUAAGGAUAAGAAACGGGAAAAUCAAGAACGGCUUCUCGAGGAGCGAAUCGAGAGUAUCGACGCGACCAAGCUCAAACAAACCUUCCAGCAGAAGAUGUGGGCGGCGUUCGAGAAUCCGCACACCUCGUCGGUCGCACUUGUAUUCUAUUAUGUCACGGGUUUUUUCAUUGCUGUUUCUGUAUUAUGUAAUAUAAUAGAGACCAUUCCAUGCUGGUAUGUAAAUGACACUCCUACCUCCUGUGGAGACGCCUAUGAGAGACAAGUGAGUUUGAGUUCACCUUGGACACUUCUCUGA